UGGAAGUUUAAUGACGUUGACAAAACAAUGAUGGCAUUUGAAGACGAAUCUUCGAAAUUUUGGUGACAAAUUGAAGAAAAAUGGGAGACGCUGGCAAGGGUCAGAAAAUCUUCGUGCGCUCGUGUUCGCAGUGCCACACAGUGGAGAAAGGGGGCAAACAUAAGGUGGGCCCCAAUUUGCAUGGAAUGUUCGGCAGGAAAAGCGGCCAGGCGCCCAACUAUUCCUAUACGGAGGCCAAUAAGAACAAGGGAGUGGUCUGGAACGAGGAAACUCUUGACGUGUACUUGACGGACCCGAAAAAGUAUAUUCCGGGAACGAAAAUGGUGUUUGCUGGCCUGAAGAAGGAGCAGGAGCGGAAGGAUUUGAUUGCUUAUUUGAAACAGGCCUCAUCGGCCUAGAAAGUAGGGAUUUAAGUCUAAGGGCUUUGAAGCGAUUGGCAAUGUGUUAAUUUUAAUAAAAACAAUCUGGAUUGGU